CUUCAUGCUCAACAAGUGACCGUUUAAAACCUGCAAGUUGGAACCUGUCUUUUGGAAAUUCCACAUCCUGCCCUUAGAUUCUGUCUAAGUUCUCGAAGAAGACUGUCUGUUAGUUAUUGUUGAUCUGGUGGCUGGUUUGCCAGCAUGAAAGGUACAUCAAAUAUCGCACCGCUUAUUCUUCAUCACCCUAUAAAUAUACAUAUACAGGUAAUAGCUAUCUGAAAACAAACCGGGGGUGAUUAAAAUAUUCAUUUCAAUUCCAGAGCUCCUUCGAAUGAUCAUCCUUUGUGGAUUUGUCAGAGAUUCAAUAUCUACCUGUCUUAAGAACAAUGAUCAGCAUAUCUGUGACACUUUAGAAUAUGGUAAGAACUUUUUUUGCAUCCACAUACAUAAUUUCAAAUUUUAGAAGCAAUAAUUAAGUGCUGCAAAUUUUUUGUAUAAUUUUUAAUUCCAUUUUUAUGUAGUAAAAAAAUCUAUAAAAGAACCAUUGGCAGUCAUCAAAAUAAAAUUGAUAAAGCAAUAACUCGGCGCUGACUCACUGAUACAAGCUUAGUCUAAUCAACGUGCGAUAUAGUUUUAUAAAAGAUAUUGGUACAAUUUAUUGAGAGAGAAUGCUGGUAGGGUUAUUCAAUAAAGUCUGAAAUGUCAGAAGUUCAAUGUAAAAUCAAAAUACGCCAUCAGCUGUCUGUUUAGUUAAUCUGUUUUGGCUUAAAUUUUAUUUAUUUUUAAUUUCUUUAUUUAAAGACCAUAAAAAUUGACAAAGCAAAACGAUUUGGCCUUAAAUUUUAAAUUCACAAUGAUAAUUUACACUUUAAUGAAUGACUGAGGUUCGAGGUUAAAAAGUAUGAUAUGCUGCAGUUGGGUACAAUAAAUUACUUGAUUUAAUAUUAUAGGAUACGUUUUCCGAUAAACUUCUAGAAUGAUUUAAUAUUAUGAAAAAUAUUUUCAUUUUGAUAUAUUUUAUUAUAAAUGUGAUUUUUUUUUUUUUUUAUAUUUUUAAUGUUUAAAAAAUAAUUUUCAAUGUUUCAAAAUAUUAAAUCAUUUGGAAAACUUAUCCAACAAUAUUAAAUCGAGACCAUGAAGGAAAAAAAAAUACUCACACAAAGUUAUUCAUUAAAAUAAGAAUUCAAAGAUAAUUCAAAGUGAAUUUCAAAUUUAUGACCAAAAUAGACAAACUUAAAAAUUCUCCCAGUCUGCUAUAUGAACCUUAAAUUUUAAAUUCUCUUUAAUAGCCCUGAUAAUGUUAUUUACUAAAGUAAGAAUUCAAAGUGAAUUUAAAAUUUAAAGUCAACAUUGCUGAAUUUAAAAAAAUGUUGGUAACUUUAGUCUUAAAUUUAAAAUUCCCUUUAAAUUCCCAUUUCAGUAAAUAGCAAUGUGAUCUGUUAGGCUGCAAAAAAGAGGGUGUUUUAGAGAUUUUGUGACAGGUCCUGAGACUAUGGGAAAGACUGAUGGAUCACGUUGGAACAUUUGGACACUUCUCAUUUGAUUUGUGAAUAAAAUAAACAUUUAGUUAGUGCCUCCUAGCAAUCUGCCACAAUUGUUAUUCCCAUCAAUCAUUUCUUUUUUUGGUUUAAUGUACAUUUUUGACACCUUCUUCGAAUUGGUUCUGCAUUAUGCCUUUCGUUUACUCUGUAAUUUGGGUAUAUUUCAGCUUGGUAUUUUGAAAUUGUAAUAAGUCAUUUUAAUAUGUAAUGUAGAUGGGUUUUUAGUUUAUUUUCGCAUUCAUGAGAGUUCCACACAAGGAAUAAGUGAAAUUGUUUGAAUAAAAUCAUAUUAUGGCAAUCUAACAAAUUCAUCAUUAGGUAGACUGUUGGGGAAAAUUGGAACAAAAUGCUUUGGUGACCUCUUGAGGUUAGGUGGAGAAAAGAGUUGUAAAAAAAUAAAAUAAAUGUAGAAUGUUUAAUGGUAUACUCUAAGUAACCUAACCAUUUCUGUAUUAUUAUUGUCUCAUCCAACCUGGAUAUUGGUAAUUGGCUGAGAGCACUGAGUUAACCCAACUCCAGCAAUCCCAGCCCUGUGGGACACAGGUGCAUAUUUUUUAUAAUGUAGAUUGCUAUAUUUCUAUAUUAAAGGACCACUCUAGGCACCCAGACCACUUCAGCUUAAUGAAGUGGUCUGGGUGCCAGGUCCCUCUAGGAUUAACCCUUUUUUUUUUUUUUAUAAACAUAGCAGUUUCAGAGAAACUGCUAUGUUUAUAAAUGGGUUAAUCCAGCCUCUAAAGCCUCUAGUGGCUGUCUCAUUGACAGCCGCUAGAGGCGUUUGCGUGCUUCUCACUGUGAAAAUCACAGUGAAAAGACGCCAGCGUCCAUAGGAAAGCAUUAUAAAUGCUUUCCUAUGAGACUGGCUGAAUGUGCGCGCAGCUCCUGCCGCGCAUGCGCAUUCAGCCGAAGAGGAGGAUCGGAGGCGGAGAGGAGGAGGAGAGUUCCCCGCCCGGCGCUGGAAAAAAGGUAAGUUUAACCCCUUUCCUCUCCCCAGAGCCCGGCGGGAGUGGGACCCUGAGGGUGGGGGCACCCUCAGGGCACUGUAGUGCCAGGAAAACGAGUAUGUUUUCCUGGCACUAUAGUGGUCCUUUAAGGUCAUUAGGCCUGCAUCAUCAUGGUUUCUUUUAUUUUAUCCUCUUCCUAUUGGUCCAUACUUGUUUUUAUUACUGGCAUCAGCCUUCUGAAGAGAUAUCCCUGUAUAUACCACAUGGGGCAUCUAAUAUGUUCACUAUGUCUCUGAGUGUCAUUUAAAGGGACACUCCAGACACCUAAUGCACUUUAGCUUGUUGGAAAGUGUUUCCACCUUUCUGUCAAUCAGACAACCAGUCCUGUUACUUCCUGGUUGAUUAGCCCAAUGGAACUAAUCGCAAUUGCCCAGAGCACCUGCCUUGCAAAGACUUAUUGAGCUGCAUUGGGAAGUCUGGGAUUGGGCAGUCACAAAGUCUGGGUGGGGGUAAAAGGGGAGGGCUUGCAAAGACAAGAGAACUGCAGUUUUUGCAAGCUGUUUUUAGAUAUAACUCCAAUAAAAAAGGCAUAAUUAAAUGCAUGCAUGUUUUCAUUUGGGAAAUAUAUAUCUACUAAACAGUGAUUGUUAGACUCAAAUGCAUCAGUGAGCUGUGUGCCCAGAUUUUAUGUCACAAAUUACCCCGUGAUGCCCUUUUUUUUUUUUUUUUACAGCAUGUAUUCAGUUUGAAUGGUGCCUCAACAUGUCUGAGCACUUUAUUAGGUUUCCUAAUGUAUCCCAACUUCCAGAUGCUAACACUAAAGUCAACCAGACCGCUUCAUCUCAAUAAAGUGGUCUGGGUGCAGUUAGCCUGUAAUUGUAACCAUGGAUUGUAAAACAUUGCUGUUUUGUAUAAGCUGCAACAUUUCCACUGCAGGGUUAAACACACCUCUAGUAGCUAGCUAUCUUCCUGACCAGCCACUAGAGACACUUCCUCUACAUUGACUGACUAAAACUCGAUCACAAAUUGUUGCAGCUUGUAGGAAAGUACUGAAUUCAAUGCUUUCUAAUGAGAAGCCUCAGAUGUGCACUCAGUUUGCCACACAUGCACAUCAUGCUCCCAAUACUCUUCUAUGAGGAGCAUUGAUUGGACCAUCGUCGGAGGAAGCCAUACCUCCUUAAUGACAUAGCUGGAGGCGGAGAGGUGAGCAGCACUAGAAAAAUGUAAAUAAAACCUUGAUUUUCUUAAUUUUCAUUGCACAUGCGGGGCAGGAGAUACUAGUCUGAUUAGGGAGUGGGGCACUAUAGUGUUAGGAAUAAAUGUUUGUAUUCUUAACACUACAGUGCUCCAUUAAUGCUUUAAGUUAGACAUUGCUAACCAUGGGAUAGACCGCCAGAAUUUUGAGUUCUUAGUUUCUUAAUUGUUUUUAAUUGUUAUUUCAGAUGGUGAAUCAGGCAUCCAAUCCAUUGUUUUUGUGUUAAGCAAUAUCGAAGAACUCAAUUCGACUUCCUUUAGCAAUCCAAAACUCAAGUCUGUAAAAAGUUUGACGCUUGGUGGAAAUAAAAUCCGCAGGAUAGAACUGGGAUCAUUUAAGGGAUUCCCCAGGAUGACCUCCCUCUUAAUUUCCAACAAUGAAUUGCGUACCGUCCAACCUUCCUGGUUUUAUAAUUCGACUCUCUUAGAAACCCUUAACAUAACGUCUAGCAAGAUUCAAGUGGUCGAACCUCAGAUGUUGGCUGGAUUCUCUGCUUUGAAAUUGCUUAAUUUUAAGAAUAAUACAAUCAAAAAGAUCGGAAGUGGGAGUUUUAACGACCUCUCCAAAUUAACCUACCUUGACUUAUCAUCCAAUGAACUCCCAUACCUUGACUGGCGGGUGGUAAGCCACUUGCAAAAUGCCACAUUCCGAUUUGAUGGAAAUCCGUGGAACUGCACCUGCAUACUUAAAGAUUUCUCAUUGUUUUUGCAAGGUAAUGUGGAAAAUUAACGCAUUUAAUUAUUGUAGUAAUUUACUUAUUUAAUUUAUAUUACGGACGAUAUUCCACAUACAUAUGUUUUUUGCUGACAAAAUUUUAUCUAUGGAAGAUCAGAUUACAUUAUAACACUUUGUGAAUAAAGAGAUACAUUUUAAUAUGGCAAAAACUUGAUGGCAAUGAGUGAAUAUUACACAGCUUUUUGCUUCUGUUCUAAUAUCAUGCAUACAGGCUAACAAAACUGUCCACAGUACUAUAUCUCCCAGUGCCACAAACUACAUUUUUAAGAGGUAUACGGAUGAUCUAGAUGUUGAUGCACCAUAAACGUGAAUUAUAUGUUAGAAUGCUAUGGGACGUGAUUCAAAUUAAGAGUUACAAACUUUUUGUCGCACUUUAUGCUUACCUUUUGGCACUUAAUCACAAAACAGUAAACUGAAAAUCUAAUGACAGAAUUUUGGCAAAAAUGUUUUACACUUUAAAAAAAAUACUCCACUUCAACUACAGUCACAGAAUGAACUCUGCAAUUCGAUUUUCAGUUUACUGCAAUCUACUUUGUACUUAUUGCAUAAAUCUUUUUGUGGGUAAUGACUAUUUGAAAUUUAACGUCAGCGUGUCUCCUGCAGAGUUGACCAACACUUCUCGUUUGGAUGAAGCAAAAAAUGUGACUUGUCACAAUCCACCUGCUCUCCAUGGCACCCCAGUCUGGGAUGUUAAUUUUGCGAAUUGCUCCUCAUCCAGUUUAGAUGAGAUCCCUGCUGCUGUUUUCAAUCAGAUUGUUUUGCCAGCCCUGCUUGUACUGCUAGGUAAGUUUAAUUUCAUUGUAAAAUUUUAUUUGCUAUUUAGCACUGGAUUGAACGCACCGCUGAUAGUUUUAUUAUUUCAUUUAUACCUUAAUAAAUUUUGCAUCUGGCUGCUUUAUGCCAUAGACUCACUCAAGUUUAAAGAAAUGUAAUGACAAUUAGAGAGAGGGGCAGGUGCAUGAUGGAAAAUGUUAUAUUUUAGAAAUGUUUUUGUGUGCAGGUUGUUGGUUGUUGGUUAAUUAAUUUGUGGACUGAUAUAUACAUAAUCCACACUGUGGGAAAAAUAAAACAUGAUCAAUGUAUUUUGACCAAUGCAUUCUUCCUCUGGUAAUUUGCAUGGGACAGUGUAUAGAUCGAAUUACUUAACCACUUGAAGGAUCCCCGCAAUAUGUGUAAAGACCACACAUAUCCACCUUAUGGACUUUGUGACUAUUAGAAAUUUGACAUGAAUUCACACUAUUUAUAAAGACCAAUACACACACUUAUACCAAAAUAAAUUGUUAUAAUAUUACAAAUGAAAUUGGUGCAGCGUUUGAGCACUUGUUUCAGAAUUGCUGCAGUUUUGUUUGAUGAAAUAUGGCAAAUAAAAUACUUCACUAAAAGUGUUAUUUUUCAAGUUGCUGUUGGACCUAUUACAAAUUUAUGCCAAGUGAUACACAAUAUGUAUCCUGUGUGAAGUAGAAGCCUACAAAAUGUAUUUUUCUCUUCCACUAUAUUUGACAUAGGAUACAUUUAAUAACCACCAAAAUAUAUGAUGCUACUAUCACUCUUUGAUUCUAAUAUUGAGAAGAAAAAAAUACAAUUUAGUUGCAAUGUCCAGAGGGUCGUAAACUUAAACUUAGAAAAAUUCCUGCAGCUGUCACCGGUUGUUAUUAUUUUAUUAUUUAUAUAGCGCCAGCAAAUUCCGUAACGCUGCUAUGGCUGGGGAAUUUACACUGCCCAAUGUCUAGAAGUGUCAGGUGGAGAAUAUAUACUGAAACAAAGUAGCCCAUACUUUGUAUCAGUAUAUCUAUUGACUGGGUUUGCAUUUCAUUGAUUUGGGAUGACAGUGCUGCUUUAAGAAUUUGCACCCAAUACUGUCCAAAUCGCGAUGUUGAUAAAAGUUGGAUCAUUGGAAGUACUUUGGGCCAGUUUGGGAACACACUUGUAUAAAACAUGUGGUGAUAAUGGGCAGGUUAUAAUUUACAAUAUACAACCGCAUUAUUGUUUAUUUUAUUACAGUGAUAUUUUUGUUCAUUUUGCCGAUUUUCCUUCUUUGGAAGAAGAUACAAGAGAAGAAACAAGUAAAUCCAGACAGGGAACCUGUUGAAAGGAAGGAUAAAAAACUUGCAGGAAAGAGAACCUUUCUUGGCAACAUCAUGUUUUUUAAACCUGAUCUAUCUAAGAUGGAUGAAUUCCAAACCACCCCCAAAACUGUCAGUAUCACACGAAAGGGACGUUCGAAAUCUGCAUCGGCCAUUCUACUGAGAGAUUAUUCUGUUCAAGCAAAUAAAAAUCCAAGUAAGAUAAAAGUCGAGAGAAACCAGGCUUGCAAAAAUGUAACCAUACCUCAUUAUGAAGACACAAGUGCUCUACGCAGUACUUCUGGUGGUAAUAUGGAGCUGUGGUACUACAACAGGCCACAACAUGGCUAUGUCACAAAUUUGGUACCUGGGUGCUUAGUGAGUGUGAACAAGACUCAAACUGGUGUAAAUCAGAACAUAGACAAUGCAGAUAAAUCAUACCAAGAGAACUUAGAUUUUUCUUUCUGCACAACAACAGUGCCAGAUCAUUCAGUUGAUGAUCAAAUGAUACAGUCAGAGACAUUGGCAGAUAAUUUAGAACCACUGGUGUAUUUGAGUGUAAGUUUUUCAGAAGAACCUGCCAUGACCAGCAGUAGAAUCCAAAAAGUUCCCUGUAAUGAGAUUUUAAAGACUAGUACUUUAAGGAGAACCUAUACUUGGCCUAAAGAGAAAACCAAGUCUAGCCAAGAACCGGAUGCUUCUUAUGAGGACUUUUUAAAAAUACUCAGUCAGUCUCGAAAUCCAAGUGGAGGACACUUGGUAGGCCUGGAAAAUAUGAAUCAAGUGACUUCACACAGUGAUUACAAUGAUCAGUUGGCUAUGUUUAAUAUGCUAACAGAGAAAAAUGUUUCAAUGGACAGAAAAGUCUUAAUGGAGCAGAUAUCUCCAGAUAACAAUUCUUCCAAUGCAAGGAAAGUUGAUUCCAAAUAUCAUAAAGGAGCCCACUCUAGUGUUUUACCCGCUAGAAAGGUUUACCAGAGGCCCAGCCAUAACAGUCGCCUGCAAAAAAACCAUACUUCUCCAGACCCUGUAGUUCGAAGAGAAGAUCUUAAUAGUCAAGACUCAUCAGUCAGAUCCAACUGUAGGACCACCCCAUAUGAUGACACGUUAUUAGAAAAUAAUGAAUAUACUUUUAUUGAUCUGUUGCACGAAGUUGUGGAAAAUCAUGGGAGAUGGACAAGAGAGAGAUGGAGACAAUCUCACCAGCACCGAAUUCCAAGUCGUUCACCUCCAACAUCUUAGAGAAAAAGGUCAUUCAUGACCCGUAUUAACUCAGAGCAUACGAUGGAUAUGCUAUAAGAUGCCUUUGCUCCCAGAAGUUAUUGUUUUCUGACUUUCUACAGUUCUUCACGAAGACAUCCCAAAUGUAUCAUAAACUUCUGUGGUUUUGAUAAAACACUUGCAUUUUCAAAAAUUGGCAAAGUUCAAUUCUCCAUCAUGAAUAUUUUAUGUUGUUAAUUUCUCUUAGUUUCAUUGGUUUUAUUAUUUUUUUAAUUUGCUAGCUUACAGUAAUGUGUAAAUUUCUUUAGCAGAUCUACCAGCUUCACGACCAUUCUUGUAAUGCUAACUUGUUGUAUGAAUUAAAUUUGAAUGAUUCCACAGUUCAUGUUAUGUUACAUUGGAAGUGCAUCCAUCACUAGGUCUAUCCUGUGCAGUGUGCGGAAUGUAUGUGUUACAUUCAGUAAAAUGCCCGGAGAAAUCUAGAAACAAAUCGAUUCAAAAGAGACGUUUGUUGUUAAUUCUUUAUGUUUAAUACACAGUCACUAUUUGUUAGCUUCUUUCCUUACACAACCUCUUUUGUAACAUAUCUGCCCAGUUUUUGAUCCCUCUCUGUUGACAAAACUUUUGUUUAGAACUUGUUUAUGAGCAGAUUCUCACAAGUUCCUUUUAAAUAUGAACAUGGCUCCCACUCACACAUGAGCAUCACAGGAACAAGUACAACUUCAUUCACUAGGGGAAAGAUAAAUGUAAGAGUGUUUGUUUAUUUCUGUUGGUAUCUCCCUAUCAGUGUUCGAGAGCAGUGAGCCUCUUUCACUUCCCUAUGUAAGAACAGUUUAAAAGGCACCCAAAGCACUUUGAGCACUGUAGUCCAUUGAAGCAUUUAUAGUGCACAGAAUUUUUUGGCAUCUCUGCUGUGGCUCAAAUAAGGUGAAAAUGUGACGUCUUCACUAUCCAACCAAAGCUUUCCAAACUUGGACAUCAAAGGUGGAGUGGUUAUAGUGCUACUUAAAUUAAAGAGUGAUAUCAUUUCCUCCCAUAGUCUUUAGACUUCCAAGGGCUUCCCUGGUCUUCCAAGAGGAAAGAGUCUGGGAGGGAAAGAGUGGUGACAUUUUUUAAUUUUUUUUUGUGUUUUUGCAUGGUUGCAGUUCUGGAGCUGGAGGCAUCCCAAUAAAUGUGAUUUCUGAGAUUUUGUAAUACAGUAAGGUGGAAUUAGAGACACAUUUCAAAAUGCCAUUUUUGAGGGCAGAGUGUAAUGUCCGUUCUGUAUUUAAAGAACCCUUAUCUUUAAGACAAUAUUUCCAACAGAUUAAUAUUAUUUGAAUUCACUCAAUUCAAGCUAUGGUAAAUUUUGCUGUAACUACCAUUUGAUGAGCUGAAAGUGUUUUUUUUUUUAAGAGGUCAUCUUUUAAUGGCAUCACAGUACAUAAAUCCUUGUGAAUGUUUUACAGCAGCAAAGAAAGUGUCUUGUGGAAGACUUGUUUUGUGGUACAAAAUUAUUGUAAUAUCAGAGCAUUCUCUAGUGCUAUCCUGGGAUAAUAUUGGAUUAUUUGGGCAAGACUGUGUGGCGUCGGUAAUGCAAGCGUCGUUACAGAGGCUGCACCUUGUACAUCAGUGUGUGCAUACAUUGCCUUCACAUGAACCCCGACACAUAGUACUGAUUCACACAGUGCCGAGUCCCCAUCUCCUGCUGGUCCUUGUGGGACAGGGUACGUCUCUAUUCUCAAUAAAGGGAUUCUAUACGUUUUCCUUGCUGGUGACCUCUCUCUCUCCGACCUUUUAUUACUUAGCAAGUUUUUAUUAAUUAGUACAGUAAUUUCUUUCUUUAAUUUCUAGUUUCCCAAUUUAUAUGCGUGUAUUAAAAUAUCUCAAUAAAACGUAGUAUUAUUUUUACACAAUUCACUGGCUGUUGUGCCUAUGUCCGCGUUCCUCUUGAUUCAACGCUUAUUAUUUGCAAUGACUGUGUUCAAAAUUCAACAAAAUAGAUGCAUGAUCCACAAUAAUAAUAGCAUACAGUCACAGAGAGAAUAUUGGAUUAAAGGGUACUGGAGCCAAGAUUUUAUACAUAUUCCACAUUGUCUCUUCUUUAAAUGAGCAUUAAAUGUACAAAUUAUUUUCAAGCUGUGUAGAACCUCAAGGACUGUGAGCAACCUAAAGCAGAACCCUUAUAACCGCUCAUUCCUCUAUAUUAAAUACACACUCCAGAUACUUAAAGCACCUGAGCAAGUCAAAGUGCUUUAUGUGUGAAGUGUGUCCUUUUACAAAAAGUUCAGAUUUCACUAGAAAUUGUCACUUUUAUAAAUUAACCUUGUCCCACCCCCCCUGGUUGUGAAUCAGACAACUCUUGUUAUUUCCUGGUUUGGUUAGUUCAGUGGAGCUAAACUCAAGUGGCAGCAAUUGCCCAGAGCACCUGCCUUGUAAAGGCUUCUUAUUGAGCUGUUUGAUUGGACAGCCACAGAAAGCCUGGGCGGGGUUAGAAGGGGAGGGCUUGCAAAGACUGCAGACAAUAGAUCUGCAGGUUUUGAAAGAAGUGUUUUGUUUGUUUUGUUUUUUUUAUAUACCCCCAAUUAAACAGUGAUAUUUAUUUAUUUUAGUAGAUAUACCAAAGAAAACGCACGUAUUUUUGUCUGCUUGUUUUCUUUGGGGGUAUAUGAAAAAGAAAAAGCAUCUUGCCAAAGCUGCAGACCUGCAGCCUUUACAAGCCCUCCCCUCUUUCCACAGUGCCCGAAUAUACACUUUAUUCUCAAUGGGAAGCCUCUGUGCAUGAGUGGUCACACACAUAUACGAUCACAACUUUCCAGCCUGCCUUCCCUCUUCUCAAUUAGCUAUAUUAUUGAGCUCAUUGAGAAGUGGGAAGGCAGGCGCAUGCUAACUUAGCUCGUCUGGCGCAUGCGUUAGCUCUUUGGACCUAAUGGAAUCUAAAGAUAACCCACUCCAGCUGUCUGUCCCAGUUAUAAAAGUAAAAUUUCUAUUGAAAUCGCACUUUUAUAAACUGUCUUAAAUAUAACAGACUCCAGACACACAAAGCAAAGCACUUUAGCAGAUAACUAUUUUGUCUUGCUUACCCUUUGUACAGCGCUGCUGAUUAUGUUGGAGCUUUAUGAUAAUACAAAUGGUUAAAUGUCAGUGGAAAUGUUCUUUUAAUCUAAAUCAUUUGAAACUUGCUCAAAUAGUUCUCAUGGUGAGAUAAUGUUAUAAUUUUUAGAACAUCUAUAUUGGUCAAGUACUGGUAAAAUAAUUUUUCAUUAAAAUUAAAUCCCCUACACCCUUAGUGUUUACAUUUUAGUUUAGUACUUUCAACCGCUGUCCUUUGUUUCGUUUAGGCGGUCUUUUCUUCUUUAUGACUUUGUGGACGAUCGUGUGUUUUCUGGCAAAAUGCUGGAAGAAUAAAGUGGCAAAUGUAACGGAUGAAAGACCAGAGACAGACUGGGAUCAUGGCAAGAAUUCUGCAGAGAAGGUACACACCAACUUGCCAACUGUGUCCAUGAUGUCCCGACAUAACCUAACCAACGUCAUGGACAAGCAGCAUUCAUCGGUUCUAGAGAAACAAACUGAUCGCGCUCAAUGUGCACUUGGUAAAUCUAAGGACUAUUAUGAGAAUCCUGGCAGAGGGCUCCUGAUAAACAUCAUGGAAUCAGUCCCUAAAGACCCAGUCGAGAAUCUGAACACGCUCAAAAACUGUGAACUCUUCUUCGAGUCAGAGUUUAAAUUCAGCAAUAGACAUGGUGGAGCAUUGUUUUCUAAAUGUUCCAGUUCUCCAGGUCUUAUCCCUGUUAAUGAAAAGUUCACGGAUUUCAAAAACAGUGCAAUGUAUAAUUUAAAGGAUCCCACGGACACGAGUGUAUCAAGAGUACUGAACAAUACCAAUGAUAUCUGUUUAAAGGAGCCUAACUUGAGUUCUGCUGAAGAAGAAUCUCACUCGCCAAUUGGCCUGGAACUGCAGACCAGUGACAAUGUCAACAGGCUAAAUCUCCAGGAGGGGAAGGCUAAUAACAUUGGUGACAUUGUUGAUAGUGAAACGGGUAAGUUGACACUAAUUGGGAAAUAGAGCAUAAUUCUUCACAAGCAGAGUUACGGUCUUACCUCCCAAAUGCUCAGAAUUUUCCCCUUGCUAUUUUGUAUUAAUUGUUCAGAAUAUUAGGUGUGAGGUCUUUAAAGGACCACUCUAGGCACCCAGACCACUUCAGCUUAAUGAAGUGGUCUGGGUGCCAGGUCCAGCUAGGGUUAACCCAUUUUUUUAUAAACAUAGCAGUUUCAGAGAAACUGCUAUGUUUAUGAAUGGGUUAAGCCUUCCCCCUAAUCCUCUAGUGGCUGUCUCAUUGACAGCCGCUAGAGGCGCUUGCGUGCUUCUCACUGUGAUUUCACAGUGAGAGCACGCAAGCGUCCAUAGGAAAGCAUUGUAAAUGCUUUCCUAUGCGACCGGCUGAAUGCGCGCACAGCUCUUGCCGCGCGUGCGCAUUCAGCCGAAUGGGCGGAGAGGAGGUGGAGGAUCGGAAGAGGAGAGCUCCCCGCCCAGCGCUGGAAAAAGGUAAGUUUUAACCCCUUUUCCCCUUUCCAGAGCUGGGCGGGUGGGGGACCCUGAGGGUGGGGGCACCCUCAUGGCACUAUAGUGCCAGGAAAACGAGUAUGUUUUCCUGGCACUAUAGUGGUUCUUUAAGGAAAUGUUUCUCUUACAGUGGAGAUGUAAGAAGUAAUGCAAUUAUAUUAUUCCCUCUAACAUGAGCAUAUAAAAUCCAUUUAACCAGUCUAGGCAUAUGUUUUGUUCUACUGCAAAUGCCUCUUAGUUUUAUUUGAGAUUAUAUCUCUUAAAUAUAGGUAGGCAGUAUUUUCAGGACUUUCUAAAGACCCACAAAAUAAAUCUUAAAAGCUAGCAGCCUAGUUAAUUUGCCCUUUGAUGAAAAUAACUGAUGUUCACUGAGACAGUCUAAUGAACAACUAUGCAAUUGUUUGAGGAGUGAGGGGAUUUAGACCACGUGAAAAGUAAUUUUAUUUCUAAAGACAAUCUUUGGUCGAUGAAGAAAUAAAACAGAUGAUCCACGAGUGUUUUACAUGAUUGCUCAUUUAACAUUUAAAAAAUUUUGUAGACUGAAAAAAAUGGGACCAUAUGUUAAAUAUAAUACUUAAUUUUCAACUGUGCAUUGUAUUUCCUCUUUUAGAUUUUGAAAAAUAUGUAGAGACACAUGUGGAAUCAUCACGUUUGGCACCGACUGCAUUUAACAUCAUGGAGAAUUCUGGGGAAGAUACUAAAUCCCAGAACUCCGGCACAUUGAACAGAAGAUGUAAAACAUGGAACAAUUUCAGCAGCAUAUCUAAAAAUUAUAACAAAAUGGAAAAUGAGUUUGCUCAAGAAAGUGGGAAUUCUGAGAACGCACUUCAUGGAAAAUUAGUGUUCUUAAAAAACAAAGAAUUAAAAUAUUUUGAGGACCACAAAUCCCCAGAGUGUUUUCGGAGCUUUGGACAAAAUCAAACAAGCAAAUAUUCUGACUCUCAAGAUGAGUUUGUUCAUUUCCAUUGGCCUAAGCUAGAAAAAGCAUCAAUAAACCACGAUACUGUCAGCCAGCCAGACCCAACUUUAGAAGAUGAUACUCGCAAUGUAGAUGUCAAUGUGUCUUUCUCUCCUUUGUGCCAGUUGGGUUAUGAGUCCAUUAGUGGAAAACAUGCAGAUAAAGAAUAUAUAACCAGCCUAAACCAGACGCAGACCUUUGGUUCAGAGAGUGGCUCUACAAAUGAUGAUCAUUUGCCAAAGAUUUGCACUAAAAAUAUUAAACCUUGUACAUCAUUCCAGAAGAACAUUGCUACAACCGAGAAAAGAAAAGAGACAUUUCCUAUAAUACCCAACAUAACAGAAAAGGAGCGAUUUUGGAAACACCAUGCAAAUUGUUGUGAUGAGUCCAAAACAUGUCCAACAGCCCAAAAUAUUUUGAAACAACUGAAAACUAUGUCAAAUGAGCAUCUAAGCAUGGGAUCGGUCCAAAAGCCUCCAUCAGAUGAAGACCUCCUUGAAGGUAAUGACAGAAUCAAGGUCAACCUCUUGGUUAGAAUCUCACAGAGAAAGAAUUUCAAGAAUUCACAAAUUCUACCGUGGAGAUAACAGAUUUAGUUGUAAAGUAACAUUUCAGCAUUUUAUGAAAAAGGCAUAAAAAAGCGAAAGCAUAGGAAAGCCAUUUACUAUUAAAGGUUACGUUCACAAGUACUCUGUUUUAUUAUACAGUAUACAUAAUCCAGGAAGUUUUGUUUAUAGAUUAAAAUAAUAUCUGUGUACAUCCAUAUAAAAUGUCAGCAUUGUAAUUUACCCGAGUGGAAAAUCCUUCCCAACUUUAGCCGCAUUUUAUUUACUCUGAAAGACUUAGGAAGAAGACAUAGGCCAGCCCCGAGCUGAAAUAAUUCUACCUUUAAAUUAAAUGUAUUUAUUACAUUGAAUAAAAUUAUGAGGCAGAAAACAUUAGCCUUAGUAAAUAUACAUAAGAGUAAUGAAAAAAUAGUAGGUAACAGGGCAUUUAAAAAAAUAAAUAAAAAUGUAUUACGUGAGUAUGAAACCGGUAGCAAUGUUUCACAUACCAAUUUGACAAUCUCUGAUUCGAAUGAAUAUUUAAAAGGAAAUGCAUCAUGGUUUUAUAUAUAAAUACAUGUUUUUCGUCACCAAAUUGUUUUGGUGUUUGUUUAUAGUUAUGACCAAAAAGAAUGUCACAUCUUUUUUUUUUUUCUAUUUCUUAUUUAAUCCUGAAGAACAAGUCUCCCUUCCUACUUUGUCCUCCGAAAACGCUGGAUAUCCGCUGGUCCAGCCUGCCAUGUAUCGCCAGAAAAACUAUGCAAGUUUGCCAGAUCUGAACAUUUUUCCAGAGAAAAAAUCUCAAGGAUGCAUGGAUUUUAAUACAGCAGGACCAGUCACGGUAACUAAUAAUCAAAAACUUGAUGAUUACAUCAAAAAUGGUAAAAGCAAUUUUGAAACGCAUGACUUGAAAUCAGGCAGUCAAAUUUUGAAUACAUUUGAAGAACAUCCGAAAAGCAGAGAAGGUGCAGCUUCUAGCUCUAUCUCUCUAAGAAAAACUGAGCCACAGAUCAUAAUAAAUAAUUGUCAUGGUUCAGGAACAAGCUCAUGGACUUCCAUAAUUUCAACAAAAAGUGCAUCAAUCUCUGAGGUAAAGGCAGACGAUGAGAAUGAAAAAGUUGUAGAUCAAACCCCAUUAUGUAACAACUACCAAAAACUUAGUAAAGUUGCCUUUUGUGAUAAUCACCUGGACACACAAACACAUCUCCUACAUUCAGUCCCUGAGUCAACCAAUGUACACUGUAACAACGAGGCAGCAGACAUGAAAAGUAAUCAAACAGUAUAUACGCCCUGUGCAACAAACAAUACAGUAUCUGAUACAGUGGUGACUGAGGCAUGUGACAUUAAACCGAGCUCCGAAAAUGCGUCCGUUAAUUCUAGUGAAUUAUUGUGUGUUGAGAAUGGUGACAAUACAAGAAAGCUAAGCUUGACGCUUCAUAAUGUCCCUGGACUUUCUAGUGAUGUGGUGGAACCUGUUCAACAUAACAAUAUUUUGGAACAACAUGACCAAGAAAUUCCAGAAGAAUUUAUUUUUGGCCAACAGGAAAUCGAAAAUCGCUUUGACAACCAUCCAGAGCUUGAUCCAGACGGUUUAAGCUGUCUUCUCCACAUAGAACCUGUUGAUUACAAAACAGCUAUAAAUUUAAACAGCAACCCUAGAAGUUACAAUAAUGGUGACCCAACCAAUGCUGUAGCCACUUUCAAUCUUAAUAGACCGAUCGCUAAUAUCCACACCGAUGGUGUAAAUGAAAGAAACGUUAUGUGCGACAAUGUACAAAGUUGUAAUGCAGAUAUCAAUAUUGUUAAGAACAACGCAGAUCAUUUCACUGGAAGGGAAGCCACAUCGAAACACUAUGGCGGUUAUCAUUUGGAUUCAGCUGUCACUAAUGUCUCUGCAGCAGGCCAACAAAUAGGAAACAUUCCAACUGGUCAAAGAAGCCAAAGCAGAAAAUUAAAUGGCAAUAGACUUCAGAAAGACCAAGAAUACAAGAUGAAAUUAGGAAAUAAAGUUUCUCCACUUAGCCCGUUAGAUGAAGAAAAUAAUGUCGAUCUCACAGACUACCGAUCAGCCAAACUUUCCAAGAAAGCUUACCACUCUAUAUUUUCAAUUUCAAUGAAUAUGUCCCAGCUGGAAGACCACAAAGAAGAAGAACAAAAUAUCGCCCAUCUAGAAGAUAAAAAUUCCAUCCAAGAUUCAAAAAGGUUAAAAAUAUCGAUGAACUUGGCAGGACAUGAUUCACAAGAUGAACUAACCUAUAACGACACUAAAGUUAUAAAUAGUGAUGAGAUGAAUCCUCUAGAAUAUAUAAAUUACCUCUAUACAAGGAAAUUAAAGCCCUUUCAUGAUUUAUUUGGAGGAGCAGGUAAGAUUGACCACAAGACAAAUGAGCUUAGUGUCCUUUCAAACCUCCAUUUCUGUAAAGUUGCUGGGAAAGUCCAAUUUGGGCCAGAAACCACAGAACCAGUUGCCAGCGUUCAGGAAGAUGAUGCAGGGCCCAUUAUAGUCUCACUUCAUUCUGACUGUGGCUAUUUACCCCCUACUAAGCAGGAACUGAGCGCAGAUAGCGAGUUGGCAGUUUUGAACAUUAUGAAAACUUUAAAGAAGAGUCUAGAUCUUCCAGCGAUGUGUAAUGAGGCCAGUGUGACAAAAUAAACAUUAGCAUCCUUGUAUAAAUGUAUGUUUGCUUUGAGAGCCAUGAGACUGGUAUUGAUAAAACAUUCCUGCUAUAGAUCUUUUUAAACAAAUCAAUGUCAUUUAGUCAGAUUUUAUUUAUUUAACCAAGAAUUUGACCAGGAAUUUAGAAAAAUUUUAGUUUGGCCUAAACAUAUCAGUUUCUUCGACGAUUCCGCAGAAUUCCUUGUUUUGCCAAAGGUUUGCGCUUUUAGUUUUGAGAGACUAAUUGUUCAUGGCUACGUGGCUCUGGUCAGGAACUCAGCUAAAACUACGAUUGACAAAUGUCACUGCUUGACCAAACACUUGGGGUUGUUGAGAUUUCCAGGUGUAUUGAGUAAGGAACAUGCAGGAGUCCGUUAAUAAACUGGACAUUUUUGAAAAAUAAAACUGGAAUAAAACCUUUUAAGCUUAAAAAGAAGAUUCUGAAAACAUUCUUAAGUUCAAUUAUUGUUCCACCUUGACUAUUUAGACCUGUGAUUAUUUAUUUAUUUUGAUUAUUUUAAUUAUACCCUUUGCGAUUCUGAGUUUAGUGAAUUAUCUUGAGGUCUGAGGGCACUUAUUAUGGUGUGCAGUGCUUAUCUUGCACAUAAUAAAUUAUAUUUACAGCUUAUCGAUCUAGACAUUUCUAUUGGAUAAAAAAUAAAUUUUCCUGCCAAUCUAAAGCACAUACACACCUACGUCAGUGAGAAAAUAUUAUCAUAGACCAACGUGCAAAUGCUAUGUUUUUAGUUUUCCUUUGCUUAACUGAAUAACGGAUGUAUAGUGUGGUGUAUGCAUUUAUUAAUAAUGUUUAUUAUAUUCACAAAACACAAAUCUCAUAUGUAUUUUAUAGCCAACAUUUUGUC